AUGGAUCAGAGUGAGACAAAGAAGGACAAGGAAGGGAAAGAGAAAGGAGCCGCAGUGAAUAUAUUGCUGCCAUCUUGGAGCUCAGCGCCCUUGUGGUUGAAACGGCAGAGGCAGAUCUUCCUGCACCCGGACUUGCUGUACUACCUCACCCCUGAUGGGCGGCGCUUCCGCAGGGCUUGUGACCUGGUGCACAACUUCACAGAUGCCAUCAUCCAGAAGCCGCGCUGCUCCCUCAAUACUGAGGGCUCCGAUGACUUCCUCAAGGCCAAGGCUAAGGCCAAGACUUUGGACUUCAUUGAUGUGCUCCUGCUGGCCAAGGAUGAAGAUGGGAAGGAACUGUCCCAUGAGGAUAUCCGAGCUGAAGCUGACACCUUCAUGUUUGGGGGCCAUGACACCACAGCCAGUGGUCUCUCCUGGGUCCUGUACAACCUUGCGAAGCACCCAGAGUAUCAGGAGCGCUGUCGGCAGGAGGUGCAAGAGCUCCUGAGGGACCGUGAGCCUAAAGAGAUUGAAUGGGAUUCACAAGUGGUCUUUGAGGGUAAAAAAGUUACCCAUUGCUUGGUUCAGUAAACAUGUCUACCUUCCCGGCCCUUC